UCCAAAUCCACCUCUCCGCCUGUGCAACACACACUUUACACACGCACGGGGGACUUGCAGCAGGCAGCAUCGAUCGUGGCUCCUUUAAGACAAACUCAGACAGACAUUUUUAACCCUCUUCCUCUAGCCUCUCCCGCUGCAAAGGGGGAAAGGGAACGCGCGAGCGAGAUCUGAUUAGGAAUUAGGACUGAUUCAAGAACAAGCCAGCGCUUAGACCUCCAUGCAUUUGAAUAUUAACAUUUGAGGUGUCCAGAGCACUGGAAGUACACACAGCGGAUCAUCAUCAUUCAUUCACCACCUUGACAACCUCGCCUUUGAUUGACAGCUGGAGUGGCAAAAAGCCAUGAGACUUGGUAGUUGGGUUUGAGGGGCACUUUUUUUUUUUUUUAACCAAAAAAAAAAAAAAACUGAUUUGGGGAAAGGAUAUUUGCUUUCUCCCCGCUGCUGUCUUGGAAACGAAAGGGGGAGAGUGAGAGAGAGAAAGAAAGAGAAGGAGCGCGAGUCUCUCUCUUUUUUUUUAAUGCUGAAUUAUUGUAUCGUUUCUUUGAGAUCCAGUAAGCUGAAGAUUUUCCUCGAUUGCUCACAUUGCUGGCGACUCUAAGGGAUUUUUGCAUUUUGGGGGGUUUGGGGGAGAGUUUGCGUUUGUUUCUUUUCACACUGGCCUUAAAGAGGAUAUAUUAGAAGUUGAAGUAGGAAGGGAGCAAGCCAGGCCGAUGGCGCAAAGGUACGACGAUUUACCCCAUUACGGUGGGAUGGAUGGAGUAGGGAUCCCCACCACCAUGUAUGGGGAUCCUCACGCCGCCAGAUCCAUGCAGCCUGUUCACCAUCUGAAUCACGGUCCUCCGCUGCAUUCUCAUCAAUACCCGCACACUGCUCACACCAACGCCAUGCCUCCCAGUAUGGGCUCCUCUGUCAAUGACGCUUUAAAGAGAGAUAAAGAUGCCAUUUAUGGACACCCCCUGUUCCCUCUUUUAGCACUGAUUUUUGAGAAAUGUGAAUUAGCUACAUGCACUCCCCGGGAGCCCGGGGUAGCGGGAGGCGAUGUUUGCUCCUCAGAGUCUUUCAAUGAAGACAUAGCAGUGUUCGCCAAACAGAUCCGAGCAGAAAAACCCCUAUUUUCCUCUAAUCCUGAACUGGAUAACUUGAUGAUUCAAGCCAUACAAGUAUUAAGGUUUCAUCUAUUGGAAUUAGAGAAGGUACACGAAUUAUGUGACAAUUUCUGCCACCGGUAUAUUAGCUGUUUGAAAGGAAAAAUGCCAAUCGAUUUGGUGAUAGACGAUAGAGAAGGCGGAUCAAAAUCAGACAGUGAAGACAUAACAAGAUCAGCAAAUCUAACAGAUCAGCCUUCCUGGAACAGAGAUCAUGAUGACACAGCAUCCACGCGUUCUGGAGGAACACCAGGGCCCUCCAGUGGGGGGCAUACAUCACACAGUGGCGACAACAGCAGUGAACAAGGUGACGGCUUGGACAACAGUGUAGCUUCCCCCAGCACAGGUGAUGAUGAUGAUCCAGAUAAGGACAAAAAGCGACAUAAAAAGCGUGGCAUCUUUCCCAAAGUAGCCACAAAUAUCAUGAGGGCAUGGCUGUUCCAGCAUCUAACACACCCUUACCCUUCAGAAGAACAGAAAAAGCAGUUGGCACAAGACACAGGGCUCACUAUACUUCAGGUGAACAAUUGGUUUAUUAAUGCUAGAAGAAGAAUAGUUCAGCCCAUGAUAGACCAGUCCAAUCGAGCAGGCAAGUCCCCAAUAAUAACUGUAUUCAAGUCACGCAAGCGAAAACCAUCCUCAAGCCAUUCACCGGGAGGUCCAUUACCUGUUAGUCAAGGAACACCUUAUAAUCCAGAUGGACAGCCAAUGGGAGGUUUUGUGAUGGAUGGUCAGCAACAUAUGGGAAUCAGAGCACCAGGGCUGCAAAAUAUGCCAGGGGAUUAUGUGUCUCGGGGUAGUCCAAUGGGUAUGAAUAUGGGACAGCCAAGUUAUACCCCACCCCAGAUACCCCCACAUCCUGCUCAGCUGCGUCAUGGGCCCCCCAUGCAUACCUACAUUCCUGGACACCCUCACCACCCAGCAAUGAUGAUGCAUGGAGGACCACCCCACCCUGGAAUGCCAAUGUCAGCAUCUAGCCCCACAAUGCUUAAUACAGGAGACCCAGCAAUGAGUGGACAAGUGAUGGACAUUCAUGCUCAGUAGCUUAAGGGAAUAUGCAUUAUCUGCAACGAUGACAGACUUCAAAUAUUGUCUUUCUGCAAUGACUAUGGAGUUCCAUUCUUGGCAUCUUCUUUGGACCAAGGAACAAUCCUAUUCUUCCGAGGGACCCUGGAAAGCAGGAAACACCAUCUGAAGUCAACUUCUGGGGACACGCUAAAUAACGAUCUAAGACAUGAAGAGAACAAAGAGUGAAAUAUUGUAAAAUGCUAUUAUACUGUUAUCCAUAUUACGUUGUUUCUUAUAGAUUUUUUUAAAAAAAUGUGAAAUUUUUCCACACUAUGUGUGUUGUUUCCAUAGCUCUUCACUUCCUCCAGAAGCCUCCUUAUGUUAAAAAGCCUUACAGUUAUCCUGCAAAUGACAGAAAGGGCUUAUUUGCAGGAUUUUUAGAGCAUUAAAAUAACUAUGUCAGGCAGAAGAAUCUUUCUUCUAUCCUAGGAUUUCAGCCAUGCACACACACACACACACUCUCUCUCUCUCUCUUUCUUUCUCUCUCCCUCUCUCUAGCCUGGGGCGUGAAUUUGCAUGUCUAAUUCAUUUACUUACCAUAUUUGAAUUCGUCUGAACAGAUGUAAAUCGGGAAGGAUGGGAAAAACUGCAGUCAUCAACAAUGAUUAAUCAGCUGUUGCAGGCAGUGUCUUAAGGAGACUGGUAGGAGGAAGCAUGGAAACCAAAAGGCAGUGUAUUUGAAGCCUAAUUGUCACAUCAGAGCAUCAUUGUCCCCAUUCAGCCACACUUAUACAUCACUUCCUGUUUUAUGCAGCUCAAAACAUGGAACUGAAGAUUUAUUUUUAAUAUGUUGACUUUAUUUCUGGGCAAAGCAUCAGUCGUGUGCAUUUUUCCAUAGUCCCAUCAUGGAGCGUUUAUGUAUACAUUGUAAAUAAAUUUUGUGCAAAAAGGACUGGAAAAAUGAACUGUAUUAUUGCAAUUUUUUGUAAAAGUAGCAGUUUGGUAUGAGUUGGCAUGCAUACAGAUUUACUAAGUGGGAUAAGCUAAUUAUACUUUUGUUGUGGUUAAACAAAUGCUUGUUGAUAGCCUUUUUCUAUCAAGAAACCAAGAAGCUAAUUAUUAUUAAUAAUAAUCAAUGCACACUGAGUCUUAGAGUUUCUGAUUGAAACAGUUUGGAUUGUAUAAUAACUCAAAGCCCAGUUGUAGUAGUUUGAGUGCAGUAAUGAAAUCUGAAUCUAAAAUAAAAACAAAUUAUUUUUUGUCA